AUGGAUUCAAAAGUUUAUGAUGAAGAAUAACAUGAAGAAAUAGUAUAACUAUCUGAUUAAAAACCAAAAUUGACAAUUGCAAAAAUUUUACUCUUAGAAUUGUUAAUGAUAUCUCCUGUCAUUUGGGUUUUGUUUUUUUUAUGGGUACUAAAAAUGCCAUUGGGAUGUUAAUUAGCAUUUUAAAUUAUAACCUUAUUAGCUAUUCCUUUGAUUAGUUUAUAAAUUUAGAAUUAGCAUUAUUCAAAACUAAUCAAAACUGAUUUUUACAUAAGUGAAAUUAUUUACGGUUUAUUAUUUUUAAUUUGUUCAUUUUUGGCAACAGUAAUAUUCGGAUAUUUUGUAUUUCAAUAUUAUGAUAUUUUGGAUUAUGAAGCAAUUAAAACAUUAAAAGGAAGCAAAUUUUCUUUAAUAUUAGCAUUAACAUUAUUAUCUAUUACAAAUCCUUUUUUGGAAGAAUUUUUCUGGAGAGUUUAUUUGCCAGAUUAAUAUAUUAAACACGAAGAAAUAAAUUAUAAUGAAUAACUUAAAUGGUAUUUGGCUUUGCAUUAUGCAUUAUAUCAUUUUUUUGUUAUUUAUUUUUUUACAAAGUAUAUUUUUUAAAGUCAUUGAUUUAUAUAUUAGAUUAUUCAUUAUUUCCUUAAUUGGUUUCAUAAUGAUAGCAAUAGGAGGAAGAAUCUUUUUUAUUACAAGGGACAGAUUUGGAUUGCUAACAACUUCUUUAUUUCAUAUGGGAGUUGAUAUGGGAAUUGUAGCAAUGGCUAUUUAUAAGAUUCCUUUAAAUGGUGAAUGA